AUGCAGCAGUGGCAGAAAUCAGAGAAGCGAGCUGCCGCAGCUGUAGCACAAGCAGUAGCAUCAGCUGUAGCACGAGCUGUAGCACGAGCAGCAGCAGCAGCAGCAGCAGCAGCAGCAGCAGCAGCAGCAGCAGCAGCAGCAGCAGCAGCAGCAGCAGCAGCAGCAGCAGCAGCAGCAGCAGCAGCAGCAGCAGCAGCAGCAGCAGCAGCAGCAGCAGCCGCCGUAGCACGAGCAGAAGCAGCAGCGGCUGUAGAAGGAGAAGCAUCAGCCGUCGCAAGCGAAGCAGAGGCAGCAAACGCAGCAGUAACAGCCGCAAUGGUCCUCUCCUCUAGCAGCGGUGCGCUCUGA